AUGGGUGAAUGCUAUGCAGACUGCUUAGAGAGGCCACUUUCUAGGGGGUUUCGUAAACUGGGUAAAGUUAUCGCCAGGAACCCUUGGGGUUUUAUAAUUAUUCCUAUUGUUCUAUCGGUUGGGUUAGGAGUUGGGUUAUGCUUUCUGGAACAAAGAGAAAUCAACAAGUUGGAAGAGCUCUUCACUCCGGAGUGGGGAAUCGCAAAGGUUCAGAGGGACUUUAUCAAGAUGUAUUUUCCCAUAAAUGACUCAGGCCAAUUCUCAGUACAGCGACUGUAUACAGUGGGAACAUUUGCUUCUCUUAUUGUCGUAAGCACAUCAAAAAAUAUCCUCAAUGGGAGCAAUUUCGAAGAACUUCUAAAGCUGGAUGCAACUGUGAAAAACCUGACCUCAAAGUCUUGCUUAAGAUUCAGUGAAGUGUGUGCUGAAAUCAAUGGUCCUUCCUGCCUCCCAGCUAACCCUUUACUCAACUCAAUGAACAAUAGUACAAAGGAUAUCCUAAUAACCUACCCACUGCUACCAAAUGGGGAGUACAUCGGACUGUACAUUGGAGGUGUGACGCUAGGUCCUGGUAACCACCUGCAGAAGGCUCAGGCUCUACGAUUCUUAUAUUACCUAAAAGAUGAUAAAGGGAACCUUCAAGGCAACAGUUUGGAAUGGUUGGAGCACUUCAUGAAAGUUCUUCCUCGUGAAAUAGAAAAAUUACAUCUCAAAUCUCUGAAGGUUUAUCACUCGACGUCUAUUUCUCUCCAAAAAGAAUUUGACAGAAGCACCGAAAACAUUAUCCCUUUGUUCUGCCUCACCUAUGUUGUGACUGUAUUGUUCUCUAUACUAUCUUGUGUCAGCUUUGACAACGUGAGAAAUAAGAUCUGGUUGGCUACAACUGGAGUGAUAUCCCCUGGUUUAGCCAUAUUGACGAGCUUUGGCAUGCUUUUACUGUGUGGAGUACCAUUUGCCAGGACAGUUGCCAAUGCACCCUUUCUUAUUCUUGGAGUCGGGGUGGACAACAUGUUCAUAAUAAUUUCCUGUUGGCGGCAAACCAAGGUGACGAGCACAGUUGAAGAAAGAAUGGCUGACACAUACCAAGAAGCAGCAGUUUCCAUCACCAUCACUACUCUCACAGACGUACUUGCGUUCUACAUCGGUAUAAUGACCCACUUUCCCUCCGUGCAGUCAUUCUGCAUCUACACAGGAACUGCCUUGGUCUUCUGUUAUAUCUACUGCAUAACUUUCUUCGGAGCUAUAUUGGCUUUGAACGGGUUACACGAAAGUAACAACAGACACUGGUUAAUUUGUAUGAAAGUGAAUGAUAAAAAAGACGAUAAAAGGAGCGUUUUGUAUAAUGCAUGUUGUGUUGGUGGCUUGUAUGACCCAACACGGGAGACAGAAAUUGAGCAUCCAAUUACCGUGUUCUUUUAUAAGUAUUAUGGCCCAUUUCUUACAAAACCCUGGACAAAGGUAUUUGUAUUAGUCUUGUAUCUGUUAUACUUAUCUGCUAGUAUUUACGGAUGUGUUCAGAUACAAGAUGGAAUUGAUAUUCGAAAUUUGGCUAAAGCUAAUUCUUCCCUGACCCAUUUUUAUGAUGUAGAAGCUUUGUAUUUUUCUAAGUAUGGCCCAAGAGUCAUGGUGGUGGUGACCAAUGAGGUAGACUACUGGGAUAUAAAGACUAGGGAGAUCAUUGAGGCUUGUAUGCGAGCAUUAGAAAAGAACCAUCACAUUGCCAAAGAAUACACAGUGUCUUGGUUGAGAAUAUAUGAGAAAAUAGCCAAGGAUGAAAAUCUGAACAUAACCACUAAGGAGAAUUUUAUGAAACAUUUAAAUCGAAUCUAUCAACAUUUUUCUCAGUUUGAACAGGACAUCGUAACUGAUGGGCAUGACAUUAAGACAUCCAGAUUCUUCAUCCAGGCCAUUGACACAGUGACCGUGGAUGAUGGUAAAAAUAUGUUAAACCACUUACGAGAUGUCACGGCUAAUUGCAACAUUGAAGUGUUUGUCUAUCAUCCGUUGUUCAUCUAUUUGGACCAAUAUGUCGUAAUAAUUCAAAACACAAUUCAAAAUAUCGUAGUCGCGACUGUGGUCAUGUUGGUCAUUUCGAUUCUGUUCAUACCAGACCCAUUGUGCUCAUUGUGGGUGACCUUUGCGAUUGCAUCAAUUAUAGCCAGUGUGAACGGCUUCAUGUACUUUUGGAAAGUUAAUUUAGAUUCUAUAUCGAUGAUAAAUCUGGUCAUCUGCAUUGGGUUCUCGGUUGACUUCUCAGCUCAUAUUGUAUAUGCCAGUGUAUGUAAGAGGAAGCCAAAUGCAAACCAAAGAGUGAUUGAUGCCCUGCAUGUCCUGGGGUAUCCAGUUGUACAAGGGGCGCUGUCAACCAUUUUAGGAAUUGCCACACUUUCUGCAGCAGAAAGCUACAUAUUCAGAUCUUUUUUUAAGAUCAUGUUCCUUGUUAUCACAUUUGGGGCACUUCAUGGGUUGUUGUUGAUGCCUGUGUUUUUAAUGACAGUAGGAACUUGUACAAAACCAGGGAACAGCAUAGUCGAAUCUAAAAAUGACAAGGGUAAUAAUGAAAAAGUUUCGCCUCCUGCAGUUAUUUACAGAGUUCAUCCUUUAGCAUCUGAUAUCCAAAUGAAAAGACCGGAGGUGAGUUUGCCAGGAUAUGCCAUCUUGGCAACAAGCAAUGUUAGGGAGUGCAAUAGUCUCAACAGAGAUUACUGCUGUAUGAGUUGGCAGGGAGGCGUUUACUCUGUUCUUCAUGCAGAUGUCAAACAAAAGGAUGAUGAUAAUGGAAUUACACUUGUGGAAUACAGGAGGAGAAUGCUGCAGGUAUACCUGGAAGAUAAACCUGAUCGGGACUGUGGCAUCGCAAAGCACACACAAUAG